AUGCGAGAUAGGGACGAUGGUGGAUUGGACCAGAGUGCUUCCUUAGAGGCAAAGAGAGCCAAGAAGACUCUGUGUAUUUUGAAGGACGAGCUGGCAGAGUUUGCUGAGAUAUUGGAUAAUCAGUCACUGACCUGUAAGCCUUCAGGAACAAACACUGAAGCUCCUAAGGAUAUCCCUGAACAGAGCUUCUCUUAUGCCCAGGAGACUCUGCUGGGUAGAGCUGGCUGCUCCUCUCUGGACACACAAGGGGUUCCCAGUCAACAGCUACACCUCAGCAAUCAGCCUUUAUCUCCUACAUCUUCUGUGGAGCACUUUGACAGGGACAGGACUGAGAGAGGGCAAAGCCAGUAUGCAAGCCCCUGCCUUCAGCACCAUGUUUAUAGUGUGCAUGGAGUGAGGCAGCAGCAGGAGGAGCAGAAGAAUAGUCCUCACUCACCAUUGCAAGGACAGCAGCAGAAUGGUUGGCAGUGUCAUCUACAGCAGCCUCAACAGCCUCAGCAUUGUCAAGAGAAGCUGCAGUUCCAGCACCCAAGUCAUGGGGAUCUAGGGCAGCAGUUGCCCUCUCUUCAGUCCCAGGAGCAGAGUUGGUAUCCUCAAAAUAACGGAGGGUCAUUGCGUUCUCAGCUGCAACAGGCACCUUCCCAAACAGUGGCCAGGUCUCCACCACUGCCUCUGGGGCAAGAUAUGCAGCAUGGAGCUGCAGAGCAACCCUGGGCCCAACAGCAACAGCUUUGGGAUAAGUGGUCUGCUAGGUCCCAUGGCUGGGAAUAG